CACCACAUGUACAACAGGUGGUAAGCAUUUUUGGAUAUGGCCGCCAACGCGUGAGAGAGCAGAGAUAGAGACAGAGAGAGCUGAAGACCUGGGUGUGAGAGCGGCGGUACAUCUAUGCGCGGAGACGCACGCUGCUGGGCGGAAAGCGAGGCGUGAGCGGAAGGGGUGGAUCCAAGCAGCAGGCAACACACGAGCGGGAGAAAAGCACACGGAAAAGCACUGUCGGCGGGUCUGGCUUGACCGACACCGCCGACAGCAACCCAGAUGUCAGCCCCUGGGUUUGCGGCACUGUUCGAGGUGGCGACAUUGGGUGCAGCCUUGACGGUAGCUAGCAUCGUCGGCUCUCGGUUUGUCGUUCGAUGGCACCAAUGCAGCGGUACCGCGGACCUCUCCGCCGCCGUCUCCGGGCUGGCCUCGGCCCUCCUCACUCUUUUCUUAUCCCUCAACGCUACAUACACGUAA